UCUUGAACUCCUGGGUGCCCCUGCCCCAGCCUUACAAAAUGUUGGGAUUAUGGGUGUGAGCUACCCUGCCUGACCAAUAAGAAUUAUUGAAAAUAUUAAGAACAUGCAAGAAGGAAUACAAUUAAUGAAAAUGAUAAAUAUGUGGAUACUUCUAAAUGAAUGUUUACUGUAUAAAAUAAUAUCUUAUUGGGAUAAUUACAUAAUUGAUAAUAUAUAUGCAAAUGGCAAAAAAUAGACUGGAGGUAAAGGUGACAGGGAUAAAUUCAGUUAAAUUAUUCUUUGAACUUUUCUGUGUCUAUGAUGAGAUUUUGAACAAAGAUCCUGUAAUUCUACUCAUAGGUAUAUAUACAAUGGAAUUGUAUCAAAUGAUUUGUGAAAGAAUGCUCUAGUAGAAUUAUUCAUAAAUGUUCAAAAAAGAAGCUGGCCAAAUAUAUAUUAAGGACAGAUGAAUCAUUACAGUAAAUCCAUACAAUGGAAUAAUAUAGAGACAUGAAAAAAAAUCACAUGUACAUGCAAUUAUGGGAUUAAAUUUCAGAAACAUAAUGUUUAGUCCAAGAAGCCACAUACAAAAAGAACAUGUAGGAUUGCACCUAUACAGUUCAAAGCAGGCCAGACCAAGCUAUGUAGUUUAGGGUUGCAUAAUUAUUUGGUAAAGUAUAAAGAAAAUCAAGGAAACCGUCAUCAUAAAUUAUGGAUAUUGCUUAUCUUAGAAGAUGUGAAGAAAGUUUUAGGGGCUUGGAAAGUAGCAUGGGGGUGGACAUAGACUGUUUUUGGUGUUCCUUGUCUUGCCCUGCAUGAUGGUUACUUGAGUGUUUAUGAUACAUUGCUGUAUUUGCCAUUUUUGUUUUGGUUUAUUUCUAAGUGUGCAUUAUAAUUUUAAUAUAAAAUUUUUAAUUAGGAGAAAUGUCUCAUAGAAAUGAUUAUUACUCAUUUCAUUAUAUACUGAGGGGAAAAAUCAAUUAUGUGUAUACAUUCUUAUACAACUCUAAGAGAGCUGAAGUAGGAACUUUCUUAGUUAGUUGCAAGUUGAGGAAAUUUGAGAUGUUGUUACCUGCUAACCUCAGAUCUUUCCAAAGGAUUUCUUCUAGCCUUAAUUAUCCGCCUCACAGGAACAAACCAUUGCCAUUUCCCGUCUGUUUUUUCUUUUGGCUCCUGAAUUCCUGACACAACUAGCUUGUACAUAUUCCCCACAUUCUUGGUUUAGCAGAGUUCUUUUAUUAGUUAUGUUUUUCUGCAAGAGAAAACCCUCCAAAACUGUGUUAGAUAUUUAUACCUCACAUGUCUUUGGAUUUUGUUUUUCUAAUCUGAGUUUGGUGGAUGGCUCUGGUGAUUUGAGAUAGGCAAAAUUCUGCAUCUUGGAGGUAGAGUUUGGCCAAUUUAGUCUGGAUUGCAGGGUCGGGAGGGGGCAGUCUGACUUCACUAGUCUCUCAUUUUCCUGUAAACAUGUACUAGCCAGGCAAUAGUCUCAUGGUAAAUGGAAAGAGGAAGAAUCCUUUAUAUGGAAGCCAUCUCAAAUCUCUAUGCAAAGUGUAGCAAUAUUCUGUUUAUCAAAACAAGUUAAAUGAUUGAACUCUAAGUUCAGGGGCAAGGUAGUCAGUGUUCUUGUGAUGGGAGGAUACUGCAACAUUAUCUAUCAAAGGGUCUGGUACUUAGGAAUACUUAUAAAAUUGCUAAAUAUUUUAAUUAAAUAAAUAUUUAAAUGUUAGACUUGAGAGAAACUAUACCAAAGGCCUAAGAAUUAGAGAUAUGUUUGAUAACUAAAUAGCAUUCAUGGGAUGAAAACCCUGAGUGGUAAAUAGGACAAAUUUCACCUGGACAAUUUCCUGGAAACCCAUUUUUUAUUUUGGAAAUUCAAGAAAAUAAUGUGUUCCAUUCAUAAGUAGUGUGCAUAUGUGUGUAUUUAUGAGCUUGUGAACAAAGAAGUUAUGCAUUAUUAGCAGCAACCAGAUCUUAAGGAGCAUUGGCCUGCCUGUAGUUCUCAAGACAAUCUUAGAUGCUUUUGAUAAAAGAAGUUUGGAUUCUUUGUAUUUAAAUCUGAAAUUAAAAAAAAGUCCAUAUUGGUGAUGAUCUUAGUUAUGAUCAAACUCCCUUUAACAAUUUAGGCAUUUACUAUAUGAUUUAUGUAUUGGGUUAUAAAACUUCCCUAACAACUGAAGUCGCUAAAGACAAAUGAUGGAGAGGUUACACAAGGAAAAACUGCAAACACUGAAAGAUAAUAUAUCCUUAUUUACAUAUUAGCAAAUGAGAAUUCAGGCUUCCCGUCCAUUUCAGUAUGAAUAAUUCCAGCCUACAACAAGAACAGACAGUGAAUGAAUGAGUUAAUUUGAGUUGUUUUGAAAAUAAGAAUGUUUUCCAUAAAGAGAGGAUUGAACUCAGGCAUUAGCAUGCCAUGGUGAUUUCUGGCUUGACACUGGUCACAACAAUUAAAAGUAAAAAGAAUGUCACAGCAUAUUCACAAAUCAGGUACAUAUAGAAUUUAAGGCCAGGAUAUUCAAGCAAUCACAAUCAGUGAUAUUAUACCAGCAUUUAAAAAAUUCCUUUUUGUCUGUUCAGAUAUGAUAACUUUUCUACCCAUCAUUUUUUCCAUUCUAGUAGUGGUUACAUUUGUUCUUGGAAAUUUUGCUAAUGGCUUCAUAGCAUUGGUAAAUUCCAUUGAGUGGGUCAAGAGACAAAAGAUCUCCUUUGCUGACCAAAUUCUCACUGCUCUGGCGGUCUCCAGAGUUGGUUUGCUCUGGGUAUUAUUAUUACAUUGGUAUUCAACUGUAUUGAAUCCAGCUUUUUAUAAGACUGCAGAAGUCAGAAUUACUACUUACAGCUUCUGGGCAGUAACCAGCCAUUUCAGCAACUGGCUUGCUACUAGCCUCAGCAUAUUUUAUUUGCUCAAGAUUGUCAAUUUCUCCAACUUUAUUUUUCUUCGCUUAAAGAGGAGAGUUACGAGUGUCAUUCGGGUGAUCAUGUUGGGGCCUUUGCUACUUUUGAUUUGUCAGCUUUUUGUGGUAAACGUGAAUGAGAUUGUAUGGACAGAAGAAUAUGAAGGAAACAUGACUUGGAAGAUCAAAUUGAGGAAUGCGAUGUCCCUGUCAAAUUUGACUAUAAACCUGCUAGCAAACUUAGCACCCUUCACUCUGACCCUGAUAUCUUUUCUGCUAUUAAUCUGUUCUCUGUGUAAACAUCUCAAGAAGAUGCAGCUUCAUGGCAAAAGAUGUCAAGAUCCCAGCACCAAAGUCCACAUAAAAGCUUUGCAAACCGUGAUCUCCUUCCUCUUGUUAUGUGCCACUUACUUUCUGUCUGUAAUAAUAUCAGUUCAGAGUUUUGAGAACAUGGAAAAGAAAGCUGUCUUUAUGUUCUGCCAAGCUAUUAGAUUCAGCUAUCCUUCAGCCCACCCAUUCAUCCUGAUUUGGGGAAACAAGAAGCUAAAGCAGACUUUUCUUUCAGUUUGGUGGCAAGUGAGGUACUGGGUGAAACGACAGAAAUCUUCAUCUCCAUAGAAUCACAAGAAGGGCAUUGUACAUCUUCUAGCAGAAAACAAACUGGUGGUGUAUGAAACAUUUUAUAUUUCUUACUGGUUUUUUGUAAUAUAUGUAUAUGAAUAAUUUCAAAUGUAUACCUAUAAAAGUCUUUUACCUAAAGUUAAUCUAAAAAAGCGUGUGUGUGUGUGUGUGUGUUUAUGUGUGUAUGAAAACUUAAGAACAUCGACAAUAACAUACUCUUUAUUGUUUUUUCACACAAACUGCCAAAUUAUACAAAAUAUGAUAAAAGUUCCUCAGAAUUAUGAAGCCUUGUGUAUUUCAUACAUGUAUUUUAUAUUUCAUUUGAAGAAUUUAUGUUGCCUAUUCAUAAUUAUUAAGAACUAACAGCUUAUCUCGGGAAAAAUAUUGCUCUUUUGUAUUGUUAUUUGCACCACACAAAUAUACCACAGUGUGGUUAGAAUUCAUUGUUUGAACCUCUAACUUUUUGGAUGGUAAGAUCAUUUAAUUCUAAAUCAAUAAUGAGGAUAUGUCUUCGGGGUUUUAUUUCAUUGUGAGUUCCUAUUUUAUGUUUAAUAUAAAGCAAACACAAUUAUUGUUAGAAAACGAUGCACACAAUAAAGUUUGGGUGACAAACAUAUGUAGAGUAAAUUUCGUCUUUGCCUACCGUAAACACUACUGAGGAGUAGCAGAUUUAACACAAGUAUGUGAAUGGCUUAGGAAAAAAAUCUCUUUUAUAAUAGGGAUGAAAAAUCAUGAUCAUGACCUUGAUUGCUAUUAUCAGUUUCCAUAUGCAGUAAGAAAAGUCAUUUCUUCCAGCUUUUGAACUAAAGAAAAGCUUUUUUUGAAGUUGAGAGCUGAUGUAAAUUAUUUUGGUAUUUUUUCUAAUGCACUUCUAAGCCCCUGAAUUGUGAAUUAUAGUCUUAUCUUCCAUUUAUAAAAUUCCUUCUAAACUUUAGAUAAGACAACUCAAAUCUUCCUUUUUCUUAAAAAAAAAAAAAAACAAAACUGUCAAUGUAAAAAUAGUGUAGAAAUUAUGGAAAAUAAUUCAGUGAAACUUUUUGUUAAUGUUAAAAUAGCAUCUAUAAAAUCUAUGUGUUAUAGGGUAUGCUUUAGCAUUGUAAUUUUUUUUGUCAAUGAUGAAAUGAAAGUAUGUUAACAUAUUCAUUAAUAGGAAAUUCUAUUAAUUAAUUCUAUUAAGAAGGAAAUGUACAAUCUUGUUCACAGCUAAAUUCUAGAUGACUGUAUUAAUUCUUGAUGUUAUGAAAUUUUAACAAUGUUAUUUAAACCUUAAGAUAAAUCAUCCUCACACCUGAUUUAUGUAUUUUAAAAAUUAUAUAUCUUCCUCAGUACAAUGUAAGCACCGUAAAAAAAAAGAUACCAUGUCUGUCUUGCUUUCUGUUGACUCCCAGGACUUAGAACCUAGCACAAAGAAUAGAUGGUCAAAAAUGAUAUUUUAAUGAACAAAUAAAUGGGUGGAUAAAAUGGGUAAGUUGAUGUGGUAAACCAAUGAAAAGGAAACUCAUCACAAAAUCUACAGUUGCAUGAAUUCCCCUGUUGUGGUCUCCAGUGGAGGUUACACACUUAUCCAAGAAGGAUCAUUCCUCAGAGGAAUGGUUUGGCUAUUCUACAAUUUUGGGGGAAAUAUCACAAUAAUAUAGUCUUGAUUCAGCUGCAUCAGGUGUCUGAAUUGGAGACAAGGUAGAACAUCAAAAUUAGAAGGCACUUAUUACAAUAUUUUAAAAAAGCACAUAAAAGACUUUUGUCUAUAUGUAUAUAUAUUUUUAUUGUGAAUUACAUAUUUGUAUUAUGAUAUUUUCUAAUUGAUUGUUAUGUAAACAAAAAUGGCAUUUUAUUUCAAAACAACGAGCUAGUAACCAGUUACUUUACUAAAAUGUUUUUUAUGUAAUACCUGAUAUUAAAGUGAUGACAUUUAUUUGAAGGCAAGUUUAAGACAAAAAGAGCAGGGACAUGUGGAAAUUGAGAUAAGAAAAAAUGUGAAACAAUGUGUGGUGAUGUAUGGUCUAAUUCUGCUGGCAGCCACUUCACAGUGAGGUGAGAGAGACAGCAUGGUGGUCAUCAGAUGCAUGCCCUUGGCUCCCAGCACUUUUCCAGAAUGGCAGCAAGGGGAAACCACAACCAGCAUUAGUCCAUAGAAGUGAGAGAAGGGAGAAUGUAUCUGCUCAGCUGUCUUCUGUCUUUGAUUUCCCAUUGGCCACGGUUUUCCUGAGGCAGAACUACCAUCUCUGCUGUUUUGUCUUAACACUAUCCAGUCCCUUGGUAGAGGUUAUGAAAGUCAGACUUCAUUCUUAUAGUGCGAUGAUCCAUUCAAGUCCUAAAUGGAAAGAUGAUCUGGAUCAGGCAAGGUGCUAGUAAAGGGAAUCUGAGAAAGCACAUGUUUUUGCCCAAUACUGCCCACUCCUUGUGCCACUCAGAUGUGCUCAUGCCCUCCAAUUAUGGCUGGCUUUAUGAGCAUAUGACUUGUUCAGCUGCACAGGUUUUUGUGCUUAGAGGGGCUUGUGCUUAGAGGGACUCUAUGCUUGGAUUAAUGUUCUGCACUUGCUGUUUUGUUUUUUCAGACAGAAGAUACUCCUUUGCUGAAGAGGGAAUGGUCUUGCACUAAUUUCAUAAGAUUUUCUCUCCGCUCUCCUACAGGCUUGUCAGAGACGUGUAUAGAAUCCUAUAACGCCCACUGUGCAUGCCUCUAGCAGCUCUGAAUUCUGCUGGAUCAUCUGACACAGUGGGCAGAGCAGCUUGGGGCAGAGCCUGUAUCUGCCGUAGAGCCGCCUUUUGUUCUGGGUUCCACCUGAGACCAGUAGCCUUUAGAAAUUUUGGUAAUGAGUCAGAGCAAUAUUCUCAAAUGUGGAAUAUGUUGGCUCAAAAUCUCAAUAGGCCCCCCCCAGAAUGGUGCCUCUUUUGUAGUGAUAGGAAAUAUAUAGAGAAAGCAACAUGCCAUUUACUUUAAAAAAGAUUGUUUCUACAUGUAUCCUAGGGACACUGAACGCCUUAAAAUAUCACCUAUGUUGUAGGUCUCUGAACCUUCUCAGGUUUAUCUCUUUUAUUCUGGUAUUUUACUUCCAUUCAAUGUUAUAGUUUUUACUGUAUUUAAGAAACUUGCCACUUCCUGAUUAUUGCACCAAUGAAUAUAUAAUUAUUAUUGCUAUUAUUUUGAGGCAGGGUCUCAUUGUGUCCCUGAGGCUGGAGUGCAGUGGCAGGAUCACAGCUCAUUGCAGCCUCAACCUUCUGGGUUCAAGUGAUUCUCCUGCCUUGGCAUUUCUAGCAGUUGGGACUGCUGGGGCACACCACCAUGGCUGGCUAAUUUUUGUAUUUUUUGUAGGGCUGGCAUUUCACUAUGUUACCCAGGCUGAUCUUAAACUCCUAGGCUCAAGCAGUCUGCCCGUGUUGGCCUCCUGCAGUGCUGGAAUUACAGUCAUGUCCUCCAGGGCCCGGUCUGUAAUAUUAUUAAUAUAUUACAUUAGCACGACGUUUUAAAAAAUGUAAAUUAAAUUGAGAACAGAAGUGACAUAUCCCUGACAUAAAACAGUGAAGCAGUGUUAUUAUACUUACAAGGCAAAUUGUUUUGAUUUUCCCUCAAAAGGAGUGUAGAUAAGAAACAUUCACCAAAUCAUGAGCCCCAUUAAAAGUACCAGAAACUAUGCUCUGCUCGGUGAAGAUAGCACAUCCUGGAAAGCAUUCAUAAGUGUUGAUUUAAGUUUAUGGUAAUCUGCAUUCAUUCUAUAAUCCAUCUGGUUUUGGUAGAGGCCGGAUAGGUUAAGUGAAUAGGGUUAUAGAAGGGACUACCAUCCCCUGUAACUUCCGAGUGUUUUGUCGUGGCAGUGACCAAUUUUAUUCCUUAGGGAAUGUGGUUAUUAUUUUUUAUAUGUUGUGUUGUCAGUAGAGGAGAAUUUCAGAGGCUUCCCCUUGGUCCUGCUAUAAUAAUGUCCCUUACUCUACAGGUCAGGAAGAAUGUGAUAGAGUUCUGGUAACUGCCAUAUAUAUCCAUUUCAAUUACACAUUCAGGAAGAGGCAAUAACUACAAACUGAUUAGAUCCACUUUAGGAUGGACAUGAGCCAAAGCUCUAGGUAGCAUCAAGAAGUUCCACUGCAGUCUAGAUGUGAUGGCUCAUGCCUAUAGUCCUAGUACUUUGGGAGGCCAAGUUGGGAGAAUCCCUUGAGAGCAGGAGUUCCCUGUGCAGCAUAUGGAGACUCCAUCUCUAUAAAAAAAUUUUAAAAUUAGCUGGUAUGGUGGUGCAUGCCUAUAGUCCCAAAUACUUGGGAAGCUGUGGCAGGAAGAUUGCUUGAGCCCAGGAAUUCAAGGCUCUAGUGGGUUAUGGUCCUGCCACUGUACUCCAGCUUGGGUAAUAGAGGGAGACUCUGUCUCAGAAAGGGGGAAAAAAAAGAAGUGGAAGUUCUCACUGGUAUCUUAAAUAUCAAGUAAAACAGGAUCAAAUCAAUAAUUAACAAUCUUUGGUCCCUGCCUAUAGUGAGGUAAAAAAGAAAGUAGUUAUACAAAUAGUAUAUUAACUCCUAACAAAAUUAA